AUGGUUGGCGUACCUGUUGGUCUUCGGGGCCGCAUAGGGAAUCUUCUUUCUAUAGACGCUGUCCCGGCUUCGGAAAGUCAGAGGGAAAAAUGCUGGUUCACCAUUGAUCCGGGUUACUACCUCAACUGGGGGAGCGGUAAUCUUUCCUUGGAGGAGAAGCUGCAUAUGUUCCUGGAAUCCGAGGGUGAAAACCCACAGGAGUUCCCAUAUGCAUACCUCAUUAGCGUCCCUCGAUUCCUGUGCUUUCAGAAAAGCGCAAUCUGCUACUGGUAUCUCUACAACUCGGAACGGGAGCUCACUGCAAUGAUCAUGGAGAUCAAUAACUCUUUCUUCGAAAAACGGAACUUUUUUUACCGCGUGACAGGUGAUGAUCUCACUGUCGACGACCCGGUGAACGCGCCCAAGGAAGCAAGAGCCUUGAUAAAGAACCAGGAACAGCAUGUUCCUAUUCGGUUCCUUUCUCCUGCACCCAAAAGCAAGCACUACAAAGGGUCCUGGGAGAAACUUAUAUUCGGCUCCCCCUUUGAGAAGGUAGGAGGGGAUUUGACUGCGAAAUACAUAGACCCUCUUGCAGGCCCUGCUCUGCAAUCCAACCUGAGUUCAAAUACUCCUGAAGGUCAAGUCAAGGUUACAAGUCGGCUUUCUUCCUGGGGUGACCCGGUCGAUCCGAUAUCUGCUAGCGGACGUGAAAUCGCCGGCUUUAUUGCUCGGUGGACUCACGUCGGGGCACUAUCUGCUCCUCGCAUUAUCAAAGAGGCCCUUAAGAUCCGCUUCCGGGGAAAGCUGAAAUAUCUUCAUAGACCCGAAGUCCGAUCUGGCGGUAAUCCGCGUAAACCAACCAAGGUCGAACGUACAUUGGAGCAAUUCUUCCGGGAGUACCUAUCACAACUCGCAACUAACUGCACAUUUCCUUUGUCAAUCAAAUAUAUGCCUCCAACCUCUCUUCACUUUGAACCGAUCGUUUUCAAUGCAGCAGUAUCGGAAACCUCCGAUCCUCCCCAAACCCUGACUAUCCAGCCGUUAUCUUUCCGCUUUUACACCUCGUUCUUUGAACAGCCAGACCCCAAAACUGCCUUCAGUGUGGAGUCCACAGCAUCUCCGACAGAUUCGGACCAAGAAUCGCGCCGUCUAUCGGUCUCCGACAAUUCCCUCUUGGAUAAAGUCCUUGCCACCGCCGGACAGACCGUAAAUGCGGAGAUUACUAAGAUCGAGCCUCUCCAAUCAUCCCAAGGUUUAGAGAGAGCUGUACUGCAAAAUACGAUCUCUUUCCUGCGCCGUUCAUCGCCUCGCACGUUCAUGGACGGUUUUAUGGAGCAUAACUUCCCUGCGGACAAACAGCGAGAGUACAGAGUUAGCUUGCUCCACUAUCUCUUAUCGCGUCGCCUGCCAAUCGAGUCCCAGGCAGUUGUUGCGCAACUAUUUAUUGCGGCGAGAGUGGCACUGGUGAGCGUUCUCUUGCAUGCAACAUACCAGACUUGGGCAAGGGAGCCGGUGAUUCAGUGUUUGCGGAAUAUUCUCGUUACUCCUACCACUGGAACUUUGGCUUACGCUGGGUGGGACGUGGUACAUAAUUAUAUUGGAGAGUAUUAUCUGAAUCCGUUUGCGUGGGGAGAGGGUCUGUGA